AUGCACGAAACCUUAACUUCUCCGAAACGUCACCAUCCCGCCUCACCGUCUUCACUGGGACCAAGAUCAGUCAUCCUUUAUGCAAAAGAGGAAAGUGCCACUACAAGCCCUAUUGAGGACAAAAUGCAAGGCACAAACCCUAGCACUACUUCUGUUUAUUGUGAAUCUUCAGCAUCAAUGUGCAGAGAAGAGGUAAAUCGAGAGAAACCGGUCAUUGGCUGUGACAUGGCUGUGACGAAAGUACUAACGGAUGAGCCCCUACCCGGUUACGAGAGGGUAUUUCCAUCACCUUACCAGCAGAGUGAAGAUGAUGCCCCUGGUGUUAGUGAAAAGCAGAAAACAAAUCAGUUGAAUGGGCUCAACAGAUCAGGAUCACUGCUGCCUAGACCUGGUCAUGGUGGAACGGCUUCCUUGAUGUCCUCCCGGAAUAAAACAGUUGCGAGGUCUAAGCGGCACUCCUCAAGAACAAAUCUCUACAUCCGAGGGCUUCCGAAAUCGAUGUCAGAAAAUGACCUUGUUAGUCUUGUGCCGGAUGCCUCAGCGAUUCGGUCAGUGAAGCUCGUUGUUAAUAACGACGGUGAAGGUAACGCUGCCUCAUUUAUUAAAACCAUAAAAGAGUCAGAAAAAGAUCCGCUAAAUGUCUACGUAACAAACAUUCCAGAAUCCUGGAACUCGGACAAUGUGGAGAAUCUUAAGCAAAUUUUUGCUCCUUAUGGCAAGAUAACGUCAGCACUUGUCAUGACACGGAGAUCGACAAAUACAUGUACAGGAACUGGAUUUGUCCGCUAUCUGACCUCUGAAGAAGCCCAAAGAGCCAUUGAUGGGAUUCGGAAAGCAAAGAUUACGCUGCCUGGUGCAAAGCGGCCUCUUGAACUCAAGUUGGCUGACAGACAACGGACACGUGAACACAAAAGGUAA